UUUGGGUUUUCAAUAUGCUACCAUAUAUUACUCCAUAUACCCAUCUUCUAUUUAUGUUGCUAAGACAGCUUAGAAUUAAGUGAUUGCUGUGAAAAUAAGACAUUGUACCGGCAAAGUACAAAAUAUCGUCUGCAAAGCGGAAGCAUUCCUACUGUUGCUAUAGUGCUAAAUCCAAUCAUAACAAGCAUUUUUAUUUGCAAGUCGAAUGUCCACAAAUAUUGAGAUUUUAAGAAAUUCCUGACGAUCAUAGAAGAGAAUUGACAGUCCCCAUGGCAGCGACAGGAAAGCCUCAGGGGAUGGCCGUUGCUGGGUGCAAUUAUGUAGCACAGGAUCAAAUAUGGAAAAGCCAUGUUGACCAUGAGAAGGUAGCUGCAAAAGAUUGGCCAGAAAACUGGAACUUUCUUACAACCAAAUACGAAGAUCUUGUAAAAGAUGAUUUUCCAGAAAGAGAGAAAGUUAAACGAGACAUUCCUACGCCUCUAAGAAUACCACCAGUGACACCUAUAGAAAAAUAUAUUAAAGUUGGACCUUCCCCAAAACCCUUUCCCGCCACCACAUCUCGAGUAAUUGGAUGGCGAUCAACAGAAAAAGAACAUAUGUUAGAAAAAUAUGGACGAUAUUGCAAAUCAAAAGGAGGUUUAGUUAAACAACUUGGAUGGCCCCAAGAGGGUGUCGAUUAAUACAUUUCCAUAUAUGGAGUUACGGUUUCACAAAUCACCAGUUCAAUUCUCUUCUGACAACAGUAAUAUGCAUAUAGACAUUGGGAAUGAUGGAUAUAAGGUGCACAAAUUAUUUGCUUUACAAAGUGGUAAUCUGCCAGGUUUCAACUUAUAUAGAUGCACUAAACUUGUAUGGACUUGUGUUUAUUUAAUUAAUUGACAGAUAUUUAAUCAUUUGAGCUGUAACCAGUAUUAUCAUCACGCUCAUAAAUAACUGUGUAACAUAGAAUGUCGUGGUAAACCUUUGUUAUAGUAUUGAUCGGUCGUUACCCUUUAGCUCACGGAAAUAGACAUCCAGGUGCAUUGGUACAAAAGUUCAAUGUAAGAAAAGUAUGUUAAUGACAUUACAUAGGGGUGUGUCAUAAGCAUUUCAGACUUAUUGGUUGAAAUUUAAUUAAGGACCAGUCUAGUUUCAAUGUAAUUUUCACUUAUCCAAUGGUUGUAAGACCAUUGAUCAAAUAUCAUGCAAAGAUAUAGUGGUACAUUGUCUUCAAUGGUUUGAAUGUUUUUCCAAAUUUUAAAAAAAGAGACUUGGAUUUUUCCAAAGUUUUUUUAAAUUCUUUGCAAAAAAUCUCAUUAAAAAUCCACUUUUUUGACCUGAACUCAUUCACGAAGAUAUCAAUAAUAUUCACUAAAUA